AUGUUCCCCUCGAUUUUCCCCCAUCGAUUCCUCUUCAUUUUCCCCGUUUUUUCUUCUCUCCUUCUCAUCACCUUAUUCCCUUCAAAUUCCCACGAAACUGCCCUCUUCGAGACGCGACCACAACAGGAUUUCUUCAAGAGUUAUCAACUAAGUGCUCCACCAAAACGCUCUCGUUCGUGUCUGAUCAAUGCUGGCCUUUCACAAGGAUGUGAUCUAUCCGAUAUUAUUUAUGUGAAACAACAGGGCAGCAAAUUCAGCAGUUGGGCCGGACCGGGACGAAAA